AUGGAAUUUACCCUCUACUACUACACGCCCUCCGCGGCGGCAGCAGGCAUCUUCGUUGUGCUGUUUGGCAUCAGCACCAUCCUGCACUUCUAUCAGUUGGUGCGGACUAGAUCAUGGUUCAUGAUUCCCUUUUUUAUUGGAGGCAUCUUGGAAACCAUCGGAUAUGUGGGACGUCUGCUCUCGUCGACGCAAAGCCCCAACUACAGCACGGGCGCGUAUGCCAUGCAGAGUUCUCUGAUCCUUAUCGCACCCGCCUUCCUCGCUGCCAGCAUCUACAUGACACUGGGUCGCAUAAUCUCGAUGCUAAAGGCCGAGCCGUACUCGGUCAUCAGGCUGAAGUGGCUGACAAAGAUCUUCGUGACUGGGGAUGUACUCUCGUUCCUGAUGCAGGCAUCCGGCGCUGGUCUCAUGGUCAGUAACUCGGACGAUCCCUCUACCGGAGAGCACAUCAUCAUUGGCGGUCUCUUUGUGCAAAUUAUCUUCUUCGGUUUCUUUAUCAUCACAGCCGUCGUGUUUCAAACUCGCCUGGGGAAAAACCCGACUGGCACGGCGGUGGAGCUCUCGCAGGUGUGGCGUCGCCACAUGGCCGCCCUUUACAUCUCCAGUAUCCUCAUCUUCAUCCGGUCCGUGGUCCGUGUGGUGGAGUAUCUGCAAGGAUACAGUGGGUACUUGAUGAAGCAUGAGGUCUUCAUUUACGUGUUUGAUGCCCUGUUGAUGUUGGCGGCAAUGGAAGUGCUCCAGUUCAUCCACCCCAGCCAGAUCAACUGCUACCUGGGCCGGGGGAGUGUGUACUCGGAGAAGGUGGUCAAGACAUGCAAAUUUGUACCGAUGUCGACAGAGAUGGAGGUGCCAUUGGAGGCCUAG